AUGUCCAACAAGUCCCCAGUUUUUCCCAUUUCAGACCCUCAACACUUCAGUGACUAUGGUUUCGACCCUCAAAUCAACUAUUUUCAGGUACUAGAAGAAGCCAUGAAACACAAACGAGAAUCUUCAAGAUCCAUAGACUCAAUACACUUCAAGCUACAAAAACCAAUUUCAAAAGAAGAAUCAAGGAACAAGAAUCAGAAAACAAAGAAGAAACGCUGGUGGAAAAACGCUCUUUUCUUCUUCAAAUGGAAAUGGACCCACCACCACCACCGUGAUGAUCGUUACGACGACGGCGAAAACAGUGACAUUCAUCAAGCCCGGGCUAAGGCCUUCCGGGCCACGAUUUCCGGACCUGUUUACUUAACAGAGAGUAGAAGUGGGUCGGCUACGCCAUAUAGGAGUUGUAGUAGGCCUUCUUCCGGUCCACUCGCCGGAAGUUUGAUGCCGGCGGCGAUUGGUGCGGUGGAUAUACCUUACUUGAGUUUAAGAGAGCUUACGAUGGAGCAGCAACACCUGCAGCAGCAGAGGAUGUCUACCUCCGCUAUGCCUAUAUAUUUGGUUACUUGA